AUGGCCAUCUGGGACGGCUCUUCGUCUGCCUUGCUCUCGCGCGUCGGUUCCACCCACGGGUGGCUGAGCGCGACGACCCCCCACCCGGCCGUGCCCUUUUCGAUCUUCGCCAUCGCGCACGCCGUCCGCGUCGCGUGCGCCUACCGUGGAAUCGCUCGCGCGGGAGGGUACGACAAGCAGCUCGGCAACCUCCAGGCCGCGCUGGUCCCGCUCGUCCUCAUCCUCGGCGGCUCGACCGUCUCGAGCGUGCUCCUUGGCCUCGUGCCGGGCUGGGUCGUCACGCCCAUCCCUGUCGCCACCUACGGGUUGAUCCCGCUCCUCGCCGCCAAGACGGGCCUCGUGUCGCUCAUCCUGUCGCUCCCGACCUUGCCGCGCGAGUCGCUGUUCUGCGUUGUCGACGGCUUCUCGCGCAUCAUGGGCAUGACGACGCUCGGCGUCGACGUCGUCCUGACGCACCCGAACGAGGCCGUGCGCUCGUCGCCGUGGGCCAUGAUCCUCGUCGCGUUCCUGUCGGGCGGCGGCGGCGGCAUGCUCGUGCCCAUGUUCAAGAUGUUCGGGCCCGAGUGGGGCUUUACGACGACGCCGGCGUUCGUCAAGAGCGGCCUGCCGAUCGACGUAUGGAGCGCGGCCUUCAUCGGCUACGUCUACGCCACGCUCAUCGACGCGCACCCUUUCUUCCGCCGCCCGGUGUCGUACCUCCUCGCCAACGUGCCCGCCCUGCGCCAGCACGUCUUUGACGUCCCCAAGGGCUACCUCGGCGCGUCGGUGCGCCGCUCUGCGCUCCUCCAGCCCGCAGAGGCCAAGAUCUUCUGCGCCCUCCUCCUCACCGCCAUGCUCUUCACCUCGCGGCUCGUCCUCCCCGUCGUGCGCCGCACGCUGUCGUCGUCGCCCUCGGCGUCGUCGGCCAAGGCGGCGGCGCAGAAGCAGCGCAAGCAGCUCGCGGCGGGCGUGCGCGACGCGCAGCAGGCGGUCGCGAGCGGCGUGCAGGGCGCCAAGAGCAAGGCGGGCGUGCGCGAGAGGAAGACGCAGUAAAGAGGCGCGGCGGACUCGAGGGUCGAAGGACCCGUCGCGAGAGGAGGGGAGCGAGCGAGGACGAGAGAGCGAGCUGCGACCGAGGCAGGGAAAGGGCAGUGAGGGCGAGGCUGAGGGGGUUGGACCAAGCGAGUAGAUCUGUGCCAAAGCAGUGACUGCAAAGAAACGAGUCUCGUAUCGUCU